GUAGGAGUCUGUUUGAACAGGUGCCAGCUCUCCCUCCCGCUCUUCAUCAUAAAACAAGGAGGGGCUCAACAAUGUCAUCGAUCACAAAGUCGUAGAUCACCAGACGUGGAGCACUACUGCUGAUUUCAAAUAGAUUGAAGGGAGAAUAUGAAGGCUGUGCAGGCUCUUACUUUGACUGUGUUGCUUGUUGCUGGAGCAAGCACUCAACUUCUGAAGCCUGGAAAAUGUCCCAGUCCUGCAGUCCAGGCCAACUUUGAUGCUUCCAAGUAUCUUGGCAAAUGGUAUGGGAUCCGGAAGCUUCCAACAAGCUUCCAGAAAGGUCAGUGCUCCACUGCCAACUACACCCUGGAGGGUCCCGGAGUCAUUGGAGUCCUCAACAGUGAGUUGCUUGAUGAUGGAACCAUCAGCUCUGCUGUUGGCUCUGCCAAAGUUAAGGACCCUACUGAGCCUGCCAAGUUGGAGGUCUCCUUCUCUGAAGACUCUCCUCCUGGUCCAUACUGGGUUCUGUCCUCCGACUAUGACGGCCACUCUCUGGUAUACAGCUGCACAGAUUACGGCCUGUUCCACAAGGAGCUGUCCUGGAUCAUGAGCAGGGAGUCCACUCUGCCUGAAGAGACCAUUGAGAAGCUGCUCAACACCUUGUCUUCUAUCGGCGUCAGCGUGGACAAGAUGGUCCCCACCAUUCAGGACGAGAGUUACUGCAGCGCCAUGAACGAAUGAGCUGAGAUGCUCCUGUGAGACGGGUCAAGCUUGAGUUAAAAAGCACUGCUGCAUGCAGGUUGUCAUUGUUCCUAUGAUGUGCAAAGUCAUGAUCAUCAUAUUUUUUAAACAAUGUAUCUUCUUAUGCUUAAUUUGCAUUUUAUAUUUUGGGAAUAAAUCUACUGAUUCUUGUUUUCCAAAAAGCAUUUUUGAUUUAAUUCUUUUCAGUUAAUUCUAAUAAUGUGGUUUGAUUUGAAAGUCAGUUUAAACUGUAAAAGCUAGAUGUCAGGCCAGUUUUAAUGUCUUUAUGUCAAAUAUUGAAAACAAUAUACAGAUUGUUUUUCUAAAGCUG